AUGAAAAAUCUUAAGCUGCACAAGUCGGUGGUGACACAUGUUGAACAGUUAAAAGACGCUAAAUUGGUUCAGAUAAUUGCCAACGGUGAGCUAUGUUACUCGACCAAUAGCUCCAUUUGGCGUUUAAACUUAAACGAUACACCUCGUCUGGUAGUGGACCUAUCUUUGACAGAUGUGUACAUCACCCCGGAAUGCGACAGCAUCAAUAUCACGUCUUAUGCGUACUACGAGCCAUGGGAUUCCUUUGUGGUCGGUUGUUCAAAUGGCGAUGUACUAUUGAUACAAGAAAAUAUUGUAGAAAUUGCAUUUAAAUGUGAAGACUUAAUCUCCAACAUACUGUGUAGUCCUGACUUUGAACGCAUCAUUCUGUUGACCAGCCAAGGAAAAAUUACACUAGUCACCGAGUGUUUUGAACCAUUGAAUGAUUUCAACAUUAUCGAGGUUGAACUGUCAGAAAAAUUAUUGGUAAAUGUUGGCUGGGGAAAAAAAGAAACGCAGUUUCAUGGAUCAGAAGGGAAAUCCAAAAGAGUUGUGAAGGAAGUCAUUGGAGACGAAAACAUUUCUGACGAUUCUAUAAAUAUCUGCUGGAGAUCUGACAGUUUAUUGUUUGCAAUUGGAUUUCUUGAUAAAGUAUCUAAUUUGAGAUCUAUUAAAAUAUUUAACAGAGAUGGAAUUUUACAGUACAUAAGUGAACCUCUUCCAGGAGUAGAAGCUGUAUUGAGUUGGAAAACUACCAAAGAACUUAUAUCAUUUUCCCAACAUGCGAAUGAAAAAUAUUUCAUUAGUUUUAUGGAAAAAAAUGGACUCAAACAUGGAGACUUUGAAAUUCCAUCUACUAUCAAUGUAAAACAGUUGUUGUGGAACCAUGAUUCUUCGAUAUUGUGUAUUCAGUGUGCUGAUUCUAAUAGUAAUUAUUUAUUAUUUUUGUCGUGCACUAAUUAUGCGUGGCAGAUUAAAAAAUGGAUGACAAUUGAAAACAAAAUAAUUACUGCAAAAUGGUUGUUAGACAAUAGUUUACAAUUAAUUACUGACAAUGGUAGUUACUAUACACUAUAUUGGGCUGAAACUUUGUGUACUUCAAGUCCAGGAACUCUAGACUGGGUUGCUGUCAUAGAUUGCUCUUCAGUAUUAUUAACACCUUUUAAACAAGUUAUAAUACCGCCUCCGAUGUUUCAUUUAAAGUUAACCGUAGAUUCUCCUGUGGACAGUGUAUUGUAUAUGCCUCAAAAUCAAAGGUAA